CUGUUGAACGUGAUGAACUGGCACACGAAGGCCUGGAGAAGUUUACAGAUGGUAUUUUUAUAUCUCAAAUUCUCCCGAAUCGAUUUGUUCGAUAUUUCUCCGUUACUUCCAUAAGCGCGCUGUUUCCAAAUAGAAAAUAACGCGUGACUCUCAUUCAAGUUGAAGAUGAAGUCUUGAGCCGUAACAAGAGCUGAGGGGCAGUCUUGGCGGGUACUUUGGGACUCGCAGCCUUCGACGCGCUGACAGUACCCGACAUUCACCUAUUCCCAGCAUCUGUGGACAAGCGUGGGACGGUAAGGAACCAGCUCUGACAGGUGGAACGGGCAGUCGAGAUCCUUAUUCGCCGCCAGUGGCAUGUCUCAAAAAAAGCCCCUCGUCGCGGAGACUUUCGAGUUCUCGGCCAAAGACAGAGCGCAACAUUCCGCGAGGAUUUGCCCACAAUGCCAGCGGACAGGCUCGGUAACGACGGCGACAUCGCAGACGACAUUCGCCAGGUUCCUACCUCUCAAAAAGCAGGCAGUAUGGUAUUGUACGAAAUGUGAAUGGAGGAGGGCGAUCAACGAGAGUUGGGAACCAGCCGUGUCAAAGAGCGCGAUCAUAGGACGGCCGUCGACCAGUGAAGAGGUCAAUCCCAUGUAUAGGAUGGCGGAAAUGUGGUAUCGACCACCUGCAGAUGUGUUGACCGAACCACAAGCCAAUCCGAAGCACAGCGUGACGGAGGAGGGUCGAAAGUAAUGAAAGUUUGAGACUGAACACUUUUUGUCUCGCGCUGCUGUGACUCACGCAAGAGAGCAGCUCAGAAAGCGCCGACUGCUGAGUCGGAGGCUGGCACGGUGACGGCAAGGUGGCACAUGUCCCAUCAGUGCAUCAGGCUCACAUGAUCAACGGGUGUCGGCCGGUGUCAAAUCAGUGGCUGUGGCUGGUCAACAACGGCGGAGUUGGAAUUCAUUUCGACGCGCUCCUCCAUGUCUGCUACACUUCCGAUCACAUAAACCAUUUCUUCAGCCCUCAGACGCGACUAGGAAGCGUGUCUUCAAACUUUGCUCAUCCGACCCUCCGAACUGCAGUCCCUUCCCAUGUCGCAAUCACAAUCGCAAUCGGACGAAGAAGGGCGCUUCUCUCCGCAUUCGAGCGAUGAUGAGAAACUCUAUGAGGUUAUCGAGAUCUUGAAGGAGAGCAAGUCGAAGUACUUGGUCAAGUGGGCAGGCGUGGACAGUAGAGGCAAGCCCUGGCCAGAUGAUUGGGUGCCGAAACAAGAUGUGACGAAUCAACUGGUAUCGACCUGGAAGAAGAAGAAGGCUCUGCUGCGCGAGAAGAAAGCUGAGAAGGCUGCGCGCGCUACAUCGAAAGCGUCCACUGCUCGUGCGCGUCGUGCAUCAACAAGUACUACACCCCGCGCACAACGCUCGACCCGUUUCUCCUCGCACACUAGUGCACUUACUGGCGAUGGUCACCGGGAAGAUGUCCACGGAGCCAUCUCGACCACUUCUACUCUCGGAAAGAAGCGACGACGUUCACAGCCUGUUCCUGAAGAAGAGGAAGAGGAAGAGGAGGAGCAGCGGCCAGAGCCAGCACCCAGUCGGCCUCUUCCUCGCAAGCGGCCUCGGUUGGUUGAUGAUCAGGAGGUUCUACCCGAGCCCGACCCUGCUCCUCUCUCUUCGGUCGGCAGCCGAUCCAAGAGCAGAGAGAAACGAAGUCCUGUCCUUCGGGACUCGAAGGUCGAGGAGGAAGAGGAGUUUGGAGAUAUCUCUGCACUCGAGCCAGAGCACGCGCAUGGACCAGAAGAGCUGCAGCUCGACUCGCAGGCGCUCUCUCCAGGGGGAAUAGAGCGGUUAGCGCAAUUCGACCUCGAUAUGAUGCAGCCAGCACAGACGCAGAAAAGCCAACCGUUAUUUCUGGCAGCCUCGGAUGACGACAGCGACGACAAUUUGUUGUCCCCGCAGCGCUCACCCGCAAAGGCGCCGUCCCUGUCUUCCAUUCCCGUUCGUCGAGCGAAAUCACCAGUGGUAUCCGAUUACGAAGGCGAAUAUCAGUCGCCGUCACGUCCUCGGGCUUCCUCCUCACAUCGCGUAAUUGACCAGUCGUAUCGCUCGGGAGAUAUCCCGGAAACUCAAUCCGCGUCGCCUUCGCCGCUAUCUGCGCCGAAACGUCCACCGAAAGAGUCUACGGCUGGCCAAACAAAGAGGCGCUCACCUGAUGAGGGCCUGGCUCCGAUUCCUAUGAUGACUGCGUCCCGAUUCGUUGCCCGUGCUGGUCAGAAUGGGAUGUAUGCUAAUGAAGGGGACGAUCUGGAUACCCCGAUGAGUAGCAUCGAACAGUUCAGCUCGCCCAUCAAACCAGACGCGCAUGCGGUGAAGAAGUUGAAACGACGUUCAUCGAAGGCAGAAGAGUUGAUCAGGAUCCCCAUACGAAGAGGCUCGGAAGCGCGCGAGGAGCAGGGGGUUGCGAUCAAUCACGACGACGUCGUCGCUCGCGGUGUUGAGCUGGCAGCGAAGGCUUAUAAGGAGCGUCGUCAGGAGGCAGCGGCGUAUCGGAUGUUCGACGUGCCUCGCGUUUGGCAAAAACCGGAAUCGCAGACCCAAGCGGCGACGAGUCAGAGCGUUACCGAGGCCGAUGGUGUGGAGUCGAUUGUCAGGAAGACCGAGUUUUCUCCCGCGACUCGGUUUGCUAUGCGGGAGGAGGAAGAGGAGAACACCCAGGACUUGCUCAAUGAACGACUCGGACUGCGACAAGAAGAGGAAGAGGAGAAAGGUGCAAGUGAUAUGGAGGACGUCCAGGAACAACUUUCAGAGCCCGAAGUCCAGCUCGAGGCUCAGUUCUCGGAGCACGAGACGGAGAUAGAGCCAUCGGUCGAUCUCGACGCGGCAGAAAAGUCCGCUUGGAACAUCGAACAGGCUUCGCAGCGAAAUACGUCCGAUCGGCUGGAGCCGGCGGAGGAAUCGAUAGAGUUGAAAUACCCUGCUGAUGCAGAGGAUGAAGGAGGAGCGCCCGAUGAACUUGGCGAACUGGCCUACCCCAGCAACGACGACGACGAGGCUGCCCCAGUCAUUAACGGCAGGACGGCACGGACUCGAUCCCCCGUUUUACAUCCUCCCAAUGAGAGCUAUGAGCUUCCACCGACUGCCUCCACUCGCGAAGGAGGUGGAGAUCUCAAAUCGAGCCAUCCGGCGGUCGUUCUUGAUCCAGAUGCCAUGAUGACUUUGCUGAACCACAAAUCUGAUGAAUGCAAGCAACUCGAGGCUGAACUGAGCCAUGAACGAUUAGCUCUGGUAGCCCAGCGAGCGAAGAACCACAAUCUCGAACAGGAGAUUCAAUUUCUGCAAUCACAACUUGAUCAGGACCCUCGCGUAGUCGUCACAGAUGCGGCCGACGAAUCCUUGAUUGCAGAACGCCAGCUCAAGGACGCGGCGAUCGCCGAGCGGGACAUUCUACAGAGCAAGCUAGCCGAUGCCGAAAAGCAGGUCGAACUGUUCCGCGAGUACUAUGGGAAAGCAUCCGAGUUCGGCAGCGAAAAGUCGAAGGAGAACAAAGCACUGCAGGAGCAGCUGACGAUGGCAGAGAGUGCCAAGACUCAGGGUGUCGCUUUGGUCAGGGCGACUUUCGAGAAACGGAUCGAACAGCUCCAGACGGACGCCAACAGCUGGCGUAAUCAGGCCGAUUUCCUCCGGCAACAAGCCAUCCGAACGAACGACGACGGUCUCAGGAGGCGGGCCGCUGAAUAUCCGGAGCUCCACCGACGGUACGAGAAGCUGGUCUCUGACAACGAAGUGUAUCAGGACCGCCUGGAUGCUCAGGACGAGGAUCUGCGCGCCAAGAUCGACGAACUGCAAAUGCUACACGAACAAAUCGCCGAGCUCAAAUCACAGGCAGUAGUCCUGGAUGGAAGGAGUCAGGUAUAUCGAUGUGCGUGGCGAAUGGAAGGAUCGGAACUAGCUUGCCCGGUGUUCUGCACCUCAAGAGAGGUGAACUCGUUGCCCGCAUAUGCUAGCGAGUGCCUGCUGACGCUCCCCUCAAGGACCUCGUCAUCCACGCUAGAAUGCACGUGCUUCAACCCCCUGAUCAUUGAAUGGACGACUACCCCGUAUAUGCAGGACCCAGCGAUGUUCCUAUACCCUCUUCUACAUUUUGCAAUAUCUGCUCUACUAUUCGAUUUCGCUCGGGCCUAUAUCUACCCGACAUUUCCUAUUGCCAACUCGCACCUCGCCCCGGGGAAGAACGCGACGCUCAGAUGGAAGGACAACGACAAGCACCCCUUGAUCUCUGAGAUGAACGCGGUCAGGAUCGAUCUGUGCACACCGAACGGGACCGUGCUGCACAAUCUCGCUCAGGGCGUGGAUCCGGCUGUCCUGCACAGAGUCGUGCAUAUCCCCAACACGCUGUCGUCUGGAACUUUCGCGAUCACGUUCAAAUGCGAUGACCCGCCUCUCCGAAUGUGGACCGCGGACUUCACGAUCGACGCGAACCCGGACGCGGUUAGCAGCGUGUCGACUGACGGCGGCCCGGCCACGCAGACCGCAGUCGAGGCCGUUCAGACCGUGGACGCAACGAACACACAGACGCAGACGCAAGAAGCUGACGACGAGGUGACGCUUGUUCUCCCGGAUGCGACGGUCGUGCGCUCGCUCCUCGCGAAUCCGACCAUGGGUGCCUCGACGACGGUUGUGGCGGAUCCGCUGCCGCAGGUUGGAGGUGCGGGCACGGGACUGAGUCACAUACUGUCUCAGGAUCAGAAGGGAGGAGCGAGUGCGAUAGGAAUAGGCGGGGAGAUGAUGAUGGCAGUGACGGUGAUGGCGGUGGUUAGCUUACUUAGCUUGCCGGUGUAGUCCUGCUGCUCCGCGUUUGUAUGAGGAGCAUGAAUUGUAUUGUAAAACAUCCCAGCAUUUACAUAUCUUCUACACUACACGUCUGUUAGCUUCCCCUUUCGGGUACUAGUCUCUUGAGCCACGGAGAGGCCAGACGCUGGACCAUGAAGAUCCUUAUUCAAGAGGGGCCAAGCGGGUUCAUGGAAUCCCUGACUUGGGGGUGGGUACAAGAAAUGCUCGAGGCCAGCUCUCACACACCGCCGGAGCGGAUUCAUCGUGCAGAAACACGGAAAAGACUUUUCAGCGGCUCGACCGGUGACGGGAGACACGCCUCGGAGACUCGUGCCGCAGGCCGGAUCCUUUUUAUAUGAACCCAGGCGCCAGAUCAGCGACGAGCACCGCAACGCCAAACAGAGGAAACGCCGUAGCGCCCAACGACACAGAAACGACUUCUCAGCGGCUCGACCGAUGACGGGAGACACGCCGGACGGAGACUCGAGCCGCAGGCCGGGUCCUUUUUACAUGGACCCAGGCGCCAGAUCAGCAACGAGCACCGCAACACCGAGUAAAGUAACGCCGUAGCGCCCAAUCAACAAACACUGGAUCCCGAAACCAUACACCGUAGCGCGAGACACAUCGCAGACGAGGCACGGCCAAGCGGAGGGACACGGGAGUUUGGUAAAUGACCCCCAUUCGUCCGACUGCCGGCGUGCUCGUCUGAAACAAACGGAGCAUCAAUCGACAGCGUCCACCUCCUACCUCCAGUGCCAACCAUCCAGAGCUCAUGCGUCGUCCUACACAUGAAGGGCGGAGACUGGCCAUGAGAGGAGGAAGAGCACAGAGAAGGAGGCGGAGAGGCCU